AUGCCGGAAUAUUUGGAUAGUGAAAUUCCUAUGGUACGUCGCCGUGCGUCUAAGGACCCCAAAGUUUAUCGCUACAAUUACCACCCUACAGUUAUCUCGAAAUAUAUUUGCAAGCAAGGAAGUCAUUAUGCUGUGCAAAAUUUCAUUGGACAAGAUGGAAUAGCGAAAUCGUUCGGAAUGAUGGAUGUGCCGUCAGCGCUCAAAGCAGAUGAUCCAUUUGAUAUGGAAGCAUACGGAGUACCGUAUUCGAUGAACAGUCGAAAGAGGUGGAAGAUUAUGGAUGAACUCAAAAGAGAUAUUUCAUCUUUCCAGGAUCCAUCAACUGGCUUGCGUGUUACAGCAGUAAGCCUUCCAGCUACAGGUUGUAUUGAAACUCACGUUGAUAGGGGCUCGAGAGGAUGGCUCUCUGAAUAUCACACUGUCGAUGAACAGCAUCGAGUGAUCGACAGAAAAACAAAACGAACCACGUUCCAGUCUAUUAUCAAGCCCGAGAAUCCUCCACGUCGACGAAAAGGUCGCUUAAUUCGUCCAUUAGUUCAAACUGCAGUUGAAACGCCAAUUCCAAGAGAAGAGCAAGAUAGAGUGAACAUUUGGGAAAGACCAGCUCACAUCGUUUAUCAAGAGCAAUACUUUUACGAACCAACGCGAAAGAGAAAUACUAGAGGCAAAAGUGAAGCUUAUUGGACGAAGAUAGAUCCUCAGCAAUGGCGCUCUAUGCGUUUCCGCACCGGUUACAAAUGUCGAUUCGAUCCUCAGAUAACACAAUUGUCUGAUUUUACACCUUCACAUCCGGGCUGCAUGGACGCAGAACAGUUUGAGGAAGAUGUUCACUUUAUGGAUGAUUACGCUAGUGAGAUCGAUGAGUGGCCAGGGAAAAACGCUUUGGUUACAUUGGGAGAAUUUAGGAAACGUACUCGAGAAAUUGACAAGGAUAAAUGUUACUCUAUUCCAAAAGACGGUCACUUGCAAGUAGAAGAAGAGUUUUCCGAUUCUGGAUUUGAAACAACAGAAAUGACUGUUGGAGAUGAUCUGGAACCUCUCGAUUCAUUCGUAACAGAACUGAAGAAGAACAAAACUUUCGAUGACUUGAUCAGAGCGAUAAACAGCCAUCGCGUCGAACGUAUUCAACCAACGUCCUAUCUGAUCGAUUCCAUCCACCAUCAGCCAUAUCGAUUACUGAAUAAAUUUCUGAAAAAGUCAGUUCCGAUCGACUUCCACGGUUUCAUUGUUCUACGUCCUUAUUGCUUCUUUGAGUACAAUUCAACUCGUCGCGAAUAUCUCAGAUGCAUUCUGAACGAUGGAGAAAUGGAAAAUUGUUUGGUGUUGCCGCACAAGACAUUCAACCAAACCACUAAAGGAGAAAAAUCUUUGAUAGAUUUUCUACCUUCCGAAUCCGUCGUUCGUUGCCAAUCAUACGCAGAGCUAGAUGCACAGCAAUUUGCUUAUGACGAAUUAGUUGCCCAAAUGGUUGGUUUCAUGUACAGUGCUUCAAUGAAUCGCAAUCGAAUACUCGCUGUUUGA